GCUGAACAAUCUUUCAAUCUUGCCAUUCACUUAGGCAAAUGCAGCUGCUUUUGCUUUUGUUUACCUGUCGAACGCGCCAAUAAUAAUUGCUUCUUAACAAAAUAUUAAUUAUGUCGGACACUGAAAAUCUAGAACAAGUUUUAAAUGAGCCUGACUUAAGCACAGAGGCCGCCUACGCUAAUGGCUUCGAAGACGACGAUGAUGAAGAUGCUGAACCCAUUACAGCACAAAAGGUCUUGGAAAUACUUGAGACUGCUUGGACGAAUGAGAUUUGUGCACCGGAAUUGCUGCAGCACCAGACAGAUAUGCUGGAGCUAAUGUUGUCCCAAGUGGCGCACAUGGAGGAGCAAAUGAAGGAUCUCGAUAAGAACGAUUUCCGCUUUGUGGUGCAUCAAAUGGAACUGGAACGCAUACGAUACAUAAUGGCUAGUUACCUGCGUUGUCGGCUGCAGAAGAUCGAGACCUACACACAGCACAUACUCAACCAGGAAACAACACGCGAUGCCGCUGACAAACGACUCUCCCCGGAGGAGGCGAAAUAUGCUCAGGACUUUGCCAGUCAUGUGGAUGAGUACUUCAACAAGGUGGCCACGCAGUAUAUGCCGAACCAGCAGCGUGGCGAAGCCGAGCAGCGCAUAGUGACGCCCAAUCUGAUGAGCCAUGUCUUCCUCAAAGCCAAUAUUGCAGUUUCUGGAGUCAUCGUGGGCGUUGAUGAUGAAGAAGUGGAUCUGGCGCCGGGCUCUCAACAUAUUAUACCCUAUCAACUAGUGGCCGAUUUAAUACACAAAAACCAAGCACAACUCAUUUAAAAUUGUUUUAUAUCAU